AAGCUCAGUCAAUCAGACAGAAAGCUGCUUCUGAAUUUGCAGCUUUUCACACUUGUGGACAUUUUUUUUCUCACCUUUGUAUUUUUUUUGUUCAGUCCUCAUCAUCUGUCAGGAUGAAGUCAUACUCUUUCCCCUUGUUUUUUCUUCUCAUCGUUUGCUCUGAAUCGGGGAGUCCACCAGAAAAAGAGCAGGCAUCUGCCUUAGAACAGCCUAAACAGGACAAGCAGAAACCAAAGCUUCCAGUGGUCACAACACCUGCCCCAAAAACCACUGAAGCACCAAAAACAGAUGAGUUUUUGGGCCCACAAGAAUGUCUGGACAAAAAAUUGACUAGAGCAUCAUGUGACCUGAUGUUUUGCCCUCCAUGGCAGCGAUGCGUUCAAGGACACUGUUCCUGCAAACCUCCCUACUUGUGUCCGACUGAAGGUGUGGAACCAGUUUGUGGGACAAACCACAGGAGUUACACAUCUUAUUGCCAGGUAAUGGCAGUUUCGUGCCGGACAACGAAACUCCUAUUUUCCCACUUUGGAAAAGAGUGCAAAGAGAACAUUCCUAAGUUCCAAAGUUCCCUGGACAGUACUACAGGAGUAAUCAAGAUCUUCCUUCCUGAUGGCAACGGAGGUGGCGAGAACUUACUAGUGUGUCAGGAGUUGUGGGAUGUGGCAGCUGCUAAUGUUGCCUGCAAGGAGCACAAAUAUUCACUAGGGGCAGCAUCUGUAGACUUUGUGGACUACAACUUCCUUGUGAACAACACUGAUAACAAAGACCUCCCUAACAACUGUGUCAACAUCCAUUGCCAAGGCUAUGAGACCUCUUUGGCUGAGUGUGAAAUCUACAAUAAGGUGAAUUCUUCAGGCAGAAGGGUCGCGGCAGCAACCUGUUACAAAGACCCACCCGAAGAAUGUGGCUUCACCUGUGCAAACCAGAAAUGCAUCUCCCUCAACCAGACAUGUGACGGAGUGGAUGACUGCGGCGACCGCAGUGAUGAGAUGUGCUGCAAAAAAUGCAGGAAUGGGGCUUUCCGCUGCAAGACAGGGAUUUGUUUGCACAAAGAAGCAGUUGGUGACAAACAGAUUGACUGUCUUGAUGGUGCAGAUGAAUCACAGAAACAUUUGACUUCGAGUCUCAAUGAAUGGAAUGUAAAACUCCCACCUCUAGGAAAACCUCAGGCACAGUAUAUCUCUCGUAAAAAUGAAACCCGAGCCAACAGAGAGCAUCUGGAGGCCAAGCUCUUCUGUGGGAUCCCCAACAGAGACAUAGUGGAUGACACAGAAACGGAUGUGCGAGGACGGACCAGCCGUAGGAAGAGAGUGGUGGGAGGAAUCCCGGCGAAUCCGACUCAGAUCCAGUGGCAGGUGGCUCUGGAGGAGAACCGGAGGAUUGACUGUGGAGGAGCUUACAUUGGAGGCUGCUGGGUCCUCACAGCUGCUCACUGUGUCAGGCAGAAUCCCUCCGCAUUUAAAGUCAAGUUUUCUCUGUGGAAGAAAUUUAGAGCUCAAGGAACGACGGACAUUGUUCCUGUGGAGGACAUCCGCAUCCACCCAAACUACGUGCCUGCCACAUAUGAAAACGACAUUGCUCUAGUAAAGCUGGAGAAGCUUCCAUUCAAAGAGGAAUGCCUGGAGGACAACCCGGCUGUCAGAGCCGUGUGCGUCCCCUGGACCACUCAACUGUUCCAGCCCAACCACACCUGCAGCAUCUCAGGGUGGGGUCGCACAGCAGAUGGGAGGUCUGCUCAGGUGCUGCUGUGGGCCAACGUGUCGCUCAUCUCCGGCUGUGAAUCUGCCUAUGGGGAUCGCUUUAAACCAGGGAUGAUGUGUGCAGGCGACUUGGAGGGCAGCGUGGACUCGUGUCAGGGCGACAGCGGCGGGCCUCUGGUGUGUGAGGAUGAGCUCGGGGUGUCCUACCUGUGGGGCAUCGUCAGCUGGGGAGAGAGAUGUGGGCAGCAGGGGUUCCCAGGAGUUUACACACAGGUUGCACACUACUUUGAGUGGAUCCGACUUCACACCGGCUGGUCUGCAGUCACCAGGUUUAAUUCCUAAAUAGCUUCUCAUCGCUGCUGCAGCUCACACCCAUCACCCUGUUGGAGACUUUUAACCGUUAAGCCGAUUCUAGAAAACACUUUUGUUCUGCUUCAUAUCGCUGUUAAAAUUUUGGAUAAUUAUAACAAUUUCAAUACAUUCAGACUGAUUUUUUACAUAUUGUCUCAGCAUUUUUUGUGGUGUUCAAAUUAGAUGUUUAGUUCACAAUAAAACAGCAUAUAAAGGAAUUUACAACUAUGCAACAAGUGAUCGUUUCAUAGAGGAUCUUUAUGCUCAUGCCGGUUGUUUUGACAACAGUCUAACCGAUCCCCGAUACGUGCCGCUGAUUUGUCUGUAAGCCCAGUCUUUAGGCAGACAUUGCUAUCUCUUCCUUCAUUAGAUGACCAUAAUAAAAAAUGGUUCAAAGUCUGCAAACAAAAAUAAAGAUUUAUUAAGGAAUCAAA